AGCCUUAAACUCGACGGGCACUAGGACCUAAAACGUGUCUGUGGUUCCAGUGGAAGUUAAGGACGAGGACAGUUUGGGAGAAUACCCACUAUUCCAGCUGUUCUAUAGAGAAGUACUGAAAGAAGUUGUGCGUCUUCCCGGGGCGGGAAUAUCUGCUUAGCAGGUUUUUAGCAGGCAUGGCAAUGGAAUGCAUCAAGAACUGCUGCAAGACCUUCCUAGGCAAGGACGCCGAGAUAGAACAGCAAGUGAUUACAAUGAAGAUGCCCCCUGCCAGAGCUAUCUCAGGUGGCCCCAGGAAGGGUGUAGGGGUAUCAGAGGACUAUCUCCUCUCUAAACUCCCCUUGGAUGGAAAAGAGAUCCCCUUUGUCCUCCCCACGUUCAAACCUUCCUACAUCCAACCACGAGGAUCACGUUACCUCGGCUACCAGACACCAGGGCUACACAGUUCAGCCAGGAGCACCUAUGCAGAGAGGAAGGCGGAGCUGUCAGGGGCCAGUCACAUAGUCUAUAACCCCGACUCCUCCCCCAACAUGUCUCCCGGAACAACACGACACAGCAAUCUGAAAAAGAGUCCCCGGGGCUCAGAAUCAGGUGGGAAUGUGACGACUGGGAAUCUGAGCAAAUCCCUGUUUGACUUGUCCAACUCCAACCCUCCCAGCCACAUACAGCGUUACGACAGUGUGUCCAGUGUCCAGAGCAGCAGUGCAUCGUCCUCCCAGAGGGACUCCCUGGAGAACAGCCGUAGCCUUGAGUCCAUCACGUUGUCUGGAGAUGAGAGAGACUUGGGGAAGGUGUGUGUCCGGCUCAGUUACCAGGAGGCCCUGGAGCAGGUGUGGAUCACGUUGGUACAGUGUAAGGAUGUGUCGCUCGCUCAGAACAGCAGUGAGCAUCAGAAGAUGAGCUUUAAAGGCAUCAUCACUAUGAGCAAACCAGUACAGUUCAAGAGCUCCGUCAAGGAAGGAUCUCCGGACACAGUCUUCAUGGAGACCUUUGUGUUUACGUUGCGGCUGCAGCAGCUGCGUUGCAGUGCUCUGGUAUUCCGGCUGCAGACCCACCACCCCAGGAAGAGAACGGUGGCAGAGUGUGUCCUCUCCCUCAGACAGCUGGGCCCUGAGGAGACACAGCACUGGAUGGAGCUCAGCCCUCUUUCCAAGACCACUGUGUGUCACGCUGAGCUGCACCUGGCCACCUGUUUCCAGCCUGUUAACGGACGCAUCCAACUGCAGGUCCUCGCUGCCCAGAACCUCCCUGCUCCACUCAGGCAAGCGUUCUUUGUGAAGAUAGAGAUGCAGCUGUUGGGCAGGGUGGUGAUGAAGAAGAAGACUCACGUCCUGAAGUCCUCCGGGGGUCAGCUGACCUGGACUGAGUCUUUCUACUUCCCCUUGACUCUGGACCAGAGCUUCCUGCUGUCAGUCAAACUGUACAGCCGCCGCUCUGUCAGACGAAAACACUUCCUCGGACAGGUUCACCUUGGCUUCGACAGCCCAACGCAGGAAGCAGCAGAGCAGUGGAGGGAUAGCAUGUCUCACCCCGAGAAGGUGGUGGCUGUAUGGCACAGACUCAACGGGUCCUGAAACGCCUGUAGAAACUCACACGGCCUGUAGAAACUCACACAGCCUGUAGAAACUCACACAGCCUGUAGAAACUCACACAGCCUGUAGAAACUCACACAGCCUGUAGAAACUCACCACAGCCUGUAGAAACUCACACAGCUUGUAGAAACUCACACAGCCUAUAGAAACUCACACAGCCUGUAGAAACUCACCUCACACAGCCUGUAGAAACUCACACAGCCUGUAGAAACUCACACAGCCUGUAGAAACUCACCUCACACAGCCUGUAGAAACUCACACAGCCUGUAGAAACUCACCUCACACAGCCUGUAGAAACUCACACAGCCUGUAGAAACUCACACAGCCUGUAGAAACUCACCACAGCCUAUAGAAACUCACACAGCCUACAUUCAAAAUGGCACCCUAUUUCAGGGGUUCUCAAAGUGGGGUCCACGGAGGUACUGACACGGAGUCUGCGGCUAUAUCUCAAAAUAUAUAUAUAAAAAAUAUAUAUUUUAAAAAACAAAGAAUAUCUUAUUAAUAUUACUAACAACAACAGGUUAAACACACAUUUUCACAUAUGGAUCUGUGGAAUAAGUUUGUGGUGUGUAAUACAAUGUAAUAUUAUUAACCUAAAAUGUAUGUUCUUAAAGGCCUAGUGCAGUCAAAAAUGUGAUUUUCCUGUGUUAUAUAUUAGAGGUUGUAAAAAUACUGUGAAAUUGUGAAAACUAUGAUAAUGCCCUUUAAGUGUAAGAGCUGUUUGAUAAGACCUGAAAUUUCAUCCUGUUUUGGUGGGAUGGACUUUUGGUCCGCCUGGAGACAUCACCAGGCGGUAAAUUAAUGAAUCAAAUCAAAUCCAACUUUAUUUGUCACAUGCGCCGAAAACGACAGGUGUAGAGACCUUAACCGAAAGUGCAGUUCAAUAAAGAGUUCAGAAAAUAUUUAACAAGUAAACUAAAGUAAAAAUCAUUAAAAAAGUAACACAAUAAAAUAACAAUAACGAGACGAUAUACAGGGGGUAUCAGUACC